AUGCGUUGCAAAUUCUGUAAAGAGCUCUCCAUAGAGCGCCUCGUAGAAUUGGCAGAGGUUGAGUUUGGGGCCAUGGUCGUUCCUCACAAUGCCUACUACAGCCACCAACCUUCUAUCGCCGCUCUUGAUGCUUCUGCUGAGCAAGGUUGCGACCUCUGUCAACUCAUCGUCCAUGCCCUAGGGUUGACUACUGACAAUGCUCAUUUUGAAUUCGAGCUCGAAGGAUUCGAUCGAUCUCAGGAUUCCACCGUUCUGGCGACCGCCCGGGGUCUGGCAGAUUUCUACGAUACUGCUAUUCGGAUAAGCAUCAACACGAUGCACGUCGCCUGGGAAAGUCCCUUAUCAGAUGUCAAGAUGUUGGAAUUGCUUCUUGUCCAAGUUGGCCCACCUAAAGAAGUUGAUGAUCCAUUGUCAGAUGGGGGUGAUGACUACGAGAUCAUGCAACCAGAUCUACACCCGGCAGAGUUACUUAUCACGUCUCAAGAAACUUCGGUCUACUGCGGCAAUUACGUGAUUGGCCGCAAGGAGACAGACCCAAUCCUCGAUUCCGAGUCGAAUAUCGCUAUAGCACAAGGUUGGAUAUCAAAGUGCCGUAAUGAGCAUGGGAGUUCAUGCGGGGCUCACAAGGGUGACCUCCCAUUACCAACGAGGGUCAUUGACGUUGGCAGCGGGAACGACAAAACGAAGCUGUUUAUAUCACAGGGCACAAAGGGAGACUAUAUCGCACUCAGUCAUUGUUGGGGAGGUCCAAUCGCCACUGUCCUGCAGACGACGAACAUCAAGGACUUCUGUCAAGCCCUUCCGUACGAUCAACUUCCGCUCAACUUCAAAGACGCCAUCAACAUCACUAGGCGUCUGGGAAUUAGGUACAUCUGGAUCGACUCUCUUUGCAUCAUGCAAGAUUCGAGCGAUGAUUGGACCAUUGAGUCAACCAAAAUGGCGGCCGUGUACGAGAAUGCCGUUGCAACGAUUGCCGCCCUUUGCUCUCCUGGCAGUUCACAUGGAAUCCUCCGGACAGCCCAGCAACAGUCAAGCUCUCCUGAUGCGGCACGCAUUGCUGGGCCUGGUGAUUCAGUUCUUACUCUUCAGGCCUACAAGAAGGAUGAGGAUGAAGACCUCCGAGAUUUGUUUGACAACGCCCCGUUGACUAGCCGUGGCUGGUGCUUCCAGGAAUCGAUUCUUUCACGACGAGUUCUGUACUACGGCACCAAGCAAGUCUACUGGGAAUGCGGAGAAGGGUUUCAAGCCGCGAAUGGAGUCCCUGGACCAAACUUGUUCCCAAAGUCUGGCGCAGGAGUCAACACGCUUGCCGAGUUUCUGCUCCAAGACUUUAGCACGGCUCAGAUCCCCUUCCAAGGCGAAAUGCGAAGAAAGCUUCUUUGGAACUACUACGCUACUGUCAGCUCUUAUUCACGACGUAAACUGACCUUCAGUACCGAUAAGUUACCCGCCUUUUCGGGGUUGGCUCAACGCUUACAACCCUUGGUCGGAUAUGACUACCUUGCAGGGCUGUGGGCUGGAGAUAUCAGACAGGGUUUGCUUUGGGGCGCCUAUGAGAAGGGGCAGAGCCUCGAGUACGUGCAGCCAUAUCGCGCACCAUCAUGGUCAUGGGCUUCCAGAAACGGACCCAUCUAUUUCAGGAGGGAAUUAAAUGACAAGGCCUCAGAUCCAAAUGACGUUGAGAUCUUGGAGGCUGAGGCUAAGCCAAAAGAUAAGCGUGCCCCAUUCGCCGAGGUCACGCAAGGACAUCUCCUCCUCCGUGGCUUGACUCAAAAGCUCCGCAGGAUACACGGGAAGAAGAUUGAGUCCGACGAUCAUGUUGGCCGGGUCACAUUUGACGACCAUGACAUGGCGGGAGGCAGGACUGGCGUUCUCGUUCAUAUGUACGCCCCUCGGGCCUCUGAAAGCGACCCAACGAUUUGCGUUGGCCCAGAUCGACCCCUGUUCGGCUUGGAGAGCCAGUACCAGAAGUUUCUAGGCAGAAACGAACAGAGGGACUAUCUAGUCUUGUGGGUGAGAAGACCAACCACCUGGGUACCGUCUUCAAAGGAGUGGAAGAACGAUAGGGUGCACUGCAUCAUCCUUGAGAAGGCCCAGGAAGGAGUAGUAGGAGAGGAUGUGUAUCGCCGAGUUGGCUACUUUGUGACAUAUCCUGACAAACAUGAGGUCAUUGGGGAGUGGGUGUUGCGCACUUUGAAGAUCAUCUGA